UCUAAAAACUCUGUACUCAAAACUAUGAAUAAAACACAAGUUUGACUUAUGUUGACCGGGUUCAUUUGAAAUUUACAAGAAAUGGCAUUUUCUGCAAGUCUAAUCAUACCACCUCCACUGGGGAGUGAUAUUCCAUAUGAUGAUUCGUGGAAGCGGCCGAAAUAUUAUCGAAAGCUUGUGGCCCUAUUGACAGUCAGCAUGGCUGUGACAUUAACUUCAGCAGCGGUUGUUGUCUUAUUAAAUGAAAGCGCGUCGUAUUCCCUAUCGAAAAAUUGGAAGCUGGGGCUUGCAGCCCUAAUUUACUUGACAAUUAUUAAUUUGCUUAUAUUAUGGAAAUCUGCAAGCCAUUUCGUUUCAUUAGCAUUGUACGCAACAGCCCAAAUGAUGACCCUCCCGUAUUGUGCCUCGCUUAUUCUAAACAUACGAAGGAUGAUCGAUGGCCAUCUCGAAAGAAAGGAGUAUGUUAUGGCCGCCCUGGGCCUAGUUCCGGACCUCAUAUGCCUAGGUAUUUUCAUAGUCUCCAUUUGCCUGGGCGGUCACGGUGGUGGCAGUGGAAGCAGCGGAUUUUCCAGUAGCACCAGCAGCGGAAGCUCCAGUGGAAGUUCCAGCGGAGGAAGUAGCGGUGGAGGAAGUAGCGGUGGAGGAAGUAGCGGUGGGGGAAGCGGUGGUAGCUAGAUUUAUAUUUUAUAAUUUGUAAUGAUAUGUGUAUGUAAAACUGAAAGAGUAAACGAGACCCACAAGUCAUUAGACAUUUA